CGCUCGCUGGACCGGAUGAGCGGCAACCGGGCCGGAAGAGCCCCGCCCCCUCCGGGCCCGGGGCGGGGCUUCGCGCGAAAGCCCCGCCCCCCUCGUCGCAAGGCGCCUCUCCGGGCGGAAGUCCCUGCGGCCCCCGAGGAAGAGGCUGGGCGCGCCUGCGCAAGAGCGUGUCGCGCGCCGCCGCCUCCUCCUCCCCCCCGCUCCGCUGCGGCGCCAUUUUGGCGCAGGCUCCGGCGGGCGCGGCGGCAAGGCCGGAUCAGCGGCGCGAGAGCCCCGCCCGCCAUGAUGUCGUCGCCGCCGCCGCCGCCUCCGCCCGCCUCCGCGUCCUCGUCGGGGCCCUCGGGGCGCCGCUUCGACGCGUCGGACCGGACGGCGUGGUACGCGGGGCCUCUGUCGCGGGCGGAGGCGCAGGGCCGGCUGCAGGGCCAGCGGCACGGGACCUUCCUGGUGCGCGACUCGUCCACCUGCCCCGGCGACUACGUGCUGUCGGUGUCGGAGAACGCGCGCGUCUCGCACUACAUCAUCAACUCGCUGCCCGGGCGGCGCUUCAAGAUCGGCGACCAGGAGUUCGAGGCCCUGCCGGCCCUGCUGGACUUCUACAAGGUCCACUACCUGGACACCACCACCCUGCUGGAGCCCGCGCCCAGGUAUCCGCUGAUGGGUCCUGGUACUGGCUCUGGUGCAUCAGCUGCAGAGGAGAAUGUGGAAUAUGUUCGGACUCUUUAUGACUUUCCUGGUAAUGAUGCGGAGGAUCUACCAUUUAAAAAGGGGGAGAUACUCGUCAUCGUAGAAAAACCCGAAGACCAGUGGUGGAGUGCCAGAAACAAAGACGGGCGCAUUGGGAUGAUCCCUGUUCCGUAUGUUGAGAAGCUUGUGAGAUCAUCUCCUCAUGGGAAGCAUGGGGGCAGGAAUUUCAAUAGCUAUGGGAUUCCCGAACCCGCUCAUGCCUAUGCUCAGCCUCAGACCUCGAGCCCUCUUCCCAGUGCCACCCAUACUCCUGGAGCUGUCAUCAGUCCCUUGCCUUCGACCCAGAAUGGACCGGUCUAUGCCAAAGCCAUUCAAAAGAGGGUUCCCUGUGCUUAUGACAAGACUGCCUUGGCAUUAGAGGUUGGUGACAUUGUGAAGGUCACAAGGAUGAAUAUCAAUGGUCAGUGGGAAGGAGAAGUCCAUGGAAGAAAAGGGCUCUUCCCUUUCACACACGUCAAAAUAAUUGACCCUCAGAAUCCCGAUGAAAAUGAAUGAUCUGCUGGCCCAUCUCUGCAUUGCUGCUUCCUUUUUCUGGCUAUCUUGAGCAUCAUUUGAAGUGCGAUGGUUGUUGAUGGCGCAGCUAAGGAUUGCCAGCCACUCAUGUUUCCAUCUUGCAGUGAUUUCACAGCCUGACCAUGUCUCUAUUGGGAACGCACCUGGUAGUCCGGCAUUUGCAGUUUUUCCUAGAAGGUUUUUGGACCGUGAGCUGAUUGUGGUGCUAUCUAGGCAGAGUGGGAGGGAUUGAGACAUCCAGUUUCUUUGCCAAAAUGGAUAUUUUACUCAGAGAAUUCUAAACAAUUUUGUCUAACUCCAAACAAUAAUAAAAAUGCAUUUUUAUGAAGCAAGGAAGAUGAGAGCACAUAAUCAUGUUAAACAAUUAUGUCUUUAGGGAAUUAUUGAUGCUUAUGUGCUACAAAGAAGGUUUUUUUUGAGUUUGCCAUUGAUUUAGAAUAAAUUGUAGCAAACUCUUGAAAACUACAUUUCUUCAUUGUCAUCUUUAUAACCGUGUAUAAUUGAUUCAUUUGCCAUAUACCUGCUUAAACCUCUGUUUGAUUCAGAUUUAAUUAGAUCUGAAAUGAUACUUCAGGCACUAAAUACGACUUUUUAGAAGAAACUUAUGCGAGCUUUGAUGAAACUAUAUUUAUCCCUUUAAAAUCUUGGUUUUUAAAAAAAAGCAAAAACAGCAGCAUUGAUAAUCAGUUACAGAGAAUGCAACAAUAACUCAAAAGAUACUCUUGGGCCUUUGUUUUCUGCAUGGAGGCGCAGGAGUACAAAGUCAUGGUAAAAUCAUUUCUCUGCGCUAAGUUUAAACACAAUGAAAUACGAUCAUGAAGAACCUUGAAUGUUGGUUAUAGCAUGUGAAGACCUUGACUCCCUCAGUGAUGUUUUUGAAAGUUCACUGGUGCUGCUCUCUUGAGUGGUUGGACCUCAGGAGUGACACGUCUAACUUAGUAUUCAAGUGCCUUAAUCAGAGGAUGACAGGUGCUGAAGGGGACAGACGUUCGGAGCAGUUUGGUCUAGAGAAAAACCUUUCGGAUCACCAGCAGUGCUGGGCAGGUGGCUGAUGAUCUGGAGAAAGGACUGUGAAUUAGACUUGCCUGGAUGCUUCCUAAUGGACCAUUAUUGGCUGUUCUAUUAAGUGCCUGGGCACGUUUGAAUGACUGUCGUACUACUGAGCUUUGUGUUAGGAAUAUUUAAGCUGCACUAAAUGUCCGUCUGCCAUACAAUAAUUCUGCUGCAUAGCUGGCCUAAUUCUAUGAACAAUCCUUCAGGGCAGUACCUAAGCCGUGUAUAAAUGUUUUGCCUCGAUGAGCUGCCAGGUGAGCAAGGACACCUGGAAUUGAGCUAGUUGUGAUUCUGCUGGGCUACCUUUAGAACAGCCAACACUUUACCUUUUCUUUGGUUAGCUCCACCCUCGGUUGCUUUCUUGGUAAACAGAGGUUGAGGUUUCAUAGACAACUUGCAAUUGAGUCUCAAGCCAGAGAAGCCGGCAGUCAGUGGCCUUCACACCCAUCAAAAGUAGACUUUGAACAGCUUUGAUCAAAGCUGGUAAAGGCAGUUCAGACACAGCAUACUAAAUUGAUGGUACAUUUCAGUGGCAUCCAGAUGUUGGAUACUUUACUGCUUUUCUCCCUAUUUUGUUCUUUCCUACCUAGAGAAGCUGGAUAUGCUUCUGGUUGUGAAUGUCACAAAGGAUGAACUGUCCUUGCUGUUUGCUUAGGACUAUUCAUAAGCAUUCAGAGAGCCUCCUCUGGAAACCAGCUACGUUCUGCAUAAUUUUGUGGAUUUUUUUUUCAGUCAGUGCUUUUUCAUGUAAGGUAUUGAAAGCCUUGAAGUGGAAUCCUUGUCAGGUGACUCAGAAAUUUGUUCGCUCAUUGAGCAGGAGUGUGCAAACUGUGCCCUUUGGCUGCAGAAGGUCUUCCGUUUCUUCAUUGCAACAAUUGAUGCCUCAGGUUAGCAGGGAAGUCCUAAGAGCUGUCCCUCACUGAGAAAGUCCAGACUCAGAUCAAGGAAGGUCUUGCAGGUUGUCUUAUUAAGGAGUGAAAAGCAUUUCUUCUGAUAUUUCAUGUGUGUUUUUAUUUUAUUUUGUGGAGGGGGUGGGGAUUGGAGAUGAAAUAUUGUAGAAUGAGAAUAUUUGAACACUGGUUUGGCUGCCCCGCCUGUUAUAAACUUUUCUGGUGUCUCCAGCUGAGUGUGACAGUUGGUUGCCAUUCUAAAGGGUAGCCAGAAGUUCACACAUCUUUUAAAUCAGUGAAUUUGAAUUCUGGGCAGUUGAGCAGGAGUGGGGGGGAGGCUCUCUGGUUUCUCCAGGAAGAGCUGGGGAUGCCUAGCUGAAAUAGGCUGUAUAAUGAUACGUGGGAAAGGCCUCAGGGCGAGUUUGUGUGAGAUGCAGCCUAGGGACAGCUGCACAGUGGGUAGAGCAAGAGGUUCAGAAGGCUCCCCUCCCUCAAUUUAUCAGUCUGUAAAGGAGACAGUGGAAUAUUUGUACUUUCAAACUAGCAAUUUCUAUUAACGUAGCUUUACAAUAAAGUUAUUAGGCCUAAACCCGAAGAUGACACAGUGAAAUCCUAUUAAUUCCAAUCCAUUAUUAGUCUACUUCUAAUGCCAGAAUCUUGCCAAACUAAAGCUAUGACUUUCUGCCUUAAUAGAUGUUAUUAGGGUGGAUGGGCUAGAAGACCUCCAAGGUCCCUUCCAAUUGUUUAUCCUAAGAGAUUCUAGGUGUGGAUACCCUGAACCACUUCCCUCCUCCCUGGCAAAGCUCUGCUUCUCCAGGUGCACAUUCCACCACAGAUAGAAUAAGCUUAUUCGGUCAUGUUUCCUGUCUGAUCUAAUGACUUCUAGCUUGCAAUCUUCCUUCCAUCUAUUGACAGCUCAAGAAAUCAGGAAGAUUCCCUCCCGAGCCUCUUGCUCUGCCCUCUAUUCCCUGGGCUGCCUCUCCUCCCUGUGCCCCAAGGUCUUUCUCACACACCACUGCAGGCUGCCAGUCCACUUCUUUGGGCCAAACAAGGUGGACUGAGGCUCUUGCUCACCAGGGACCGGCUCCUGAGAUUUGUGGACUUUGCCUCCUGUUUGAGAGUUUGUCAAGGAUUUUUAUUUUAUGCUACAAAUUAACAGUAUUAAGUAUAUUUUUAGAACACGUGAAAUGUGUUAAAAUUAGUGCCUUUUUGUUUUCUUAAUAUAAUUCACUACUGGUCCCACAUCGAGCAAAAGAGUUCAGUGCCCUGUUUGUAUUACUUCCAAUAAAACAUACAUCCUGUUUGCAGAA